AAGGGCGCCAGCAUCAAAUGUGUCCCUGACUGGCUCAACGGCUUCUACGGCUAUCUCUGGAAUAUCUUUCGCGGUGCCCAGGUCGCGAACGGCGGCUUCGGCGAGGACAGAAAGUUCCGGAUCAUCAUUGACGACUGCGACUACACCGCGCCGUUGAAGAGAGAUCUCGCCGGCAGGAACAGCACCAACCCGCUGGUGCUGAGCUCACACGACAACUUGACCGUAUUCGCCGGAUCAUUCAUGGGAAACGGGACAAACGGAAAUAACGUCGUGUUCAUGCCGCUGACGCCGGACGUUGGAAGCGCCGGAACGUAAGCCAUAUAUGCUCCCGUCCUCACACAAACCGCCCCAUCGAUUGCCCUCGGGCUCACCAACUCUCCCAGAUACACAUUCAACUACGCCCUCAAAGGAGGCCAAUCCAUCACCUCAGGCUGGAUCAUGGACGAAGACGGCGAGAUCUACGAAACCCUCGCCCCGCUCCCCGUCAGCAGCAGCAACACGACGACCUUCACCCUCGACGACCCCGCCGACGCGCCCAUCUACUUCUUCGGCUGGACCAAGGCGACCGACGUGCAGCUGGACGCGAGCGUCCAGGCGCCGCCAGCCACGACAAGCACAACGACAGCAGCAACUGCUGCUACGGCUUCGGCUUCGGCUUCGGCUUCAGCCGCCACGACGGCCUCGACUACUUCUGCGGCGCCUGGGGGGAGGAGAAGGAGGAUGGCGUUGCUACGCUCCGGGGCGGCGGGGUGGUGGAUAGGAGGGUGGGUGGUGUUUUUCUUGGUGGUGGUUGUGAGCUGGUAGGAAUUAGAGAGUUAAUGAUGAUGAGUGAGGUGUGCUUGGUGCGGUUGUGAAGUGCCACCGACUCAUUACACGGCUCCGUUAGAGGCCG